UCCGAGCUGCAUCUGCCAGAGCUUCUGCUCCUGCUCCAACUGCUCUCACCCGACGGGAAGAUGAAGGUCUCUGCAGCCGUUUUUGCUCUGCUCCUCAUUGUAGCCUCUUGCUCCCAAACUUUCUCUGGCCCAGUUGGAUCUGACCUCCCAAUCUGCUGCUUCUCCUACACACAUCACAAGCUCCCGCGGAAGCUGAUCCAGCGGCAUUACAGCACCAGCACCAGCUGCACGCUGCCGGCCAUCGUGUUCAUCACAAAGAAAGGCCGCCAGGUCUGUGCCAACCCCAGUGACUCCUGGGUUCAAAGUUACCUGCAAAACUUGAAGCGGAACUGAGCAAAGCGAAAUGGCAAGCGUAGCUGCUGUCAUGCAUGAGUUGCAUCAUCUUGAGCCCCUGCGCUGGAGCUGGACACUGGGGAAGCAGGAGCCCAUGUGAUCUGCAGGCAGCUCCAGGGGACUGCUGGAAGGCCACCACAGGACACCUCGUGCUGGGGUGCUGCUACUCGCCCGUGGCUUGCACGGACCAGUGUGUAACUUCAUCCCUCUGCCCUGACACACUGCCUGUGGCCUGGGACUGCACCUCUAUUAUUCUUAUAUUAUUUUAAAUUAUUUAAGAAAUUAUCAUAUGGGUUAGGCAAUACUUCCUUCUGUGGAUAAUAAUGCUAUUUAUGGGAGGGUGGCCCAUAGUCUUUGUGUUGAAUGAUGGGUGGCCCUGACUUACACGUGUGAAAUCUUGAUUCUGGAGAAUAAAGAA